CACCCGAAGGAGCAAAAACGCGCCAGCGAUUGAACAUGGCGGGCCACGGUGCCGGCGGGUCUCCCGGGGGUGUGCGGACGGGGCGGAUGCGGGACCCUCGGAGGCGGGGCUGUGGGAAAAGAAAAGGUGAUAUGAGGAGCAGGUGGAGAGCCCGGAGCUGUUCGAGGACCAGGCGGAGGUGGGGGCCCCCGCGGAAGAGAAGGACGCGGGCCUGGUGGCGGAGGCCGAGGCCGUAGCUGCUGGCUGGAUGCUGGACUUCCUCUGCCUCUCUCUGUGCCGGGCCGUCCGCGACGGCCGCUCCGAGGACUUCCACCGGGCCCGGGACAGCGCCGAGGCUAUUAUUCAUGGGUUAUCCAGUCUAACAUCUCAUCAAUUGAGAACUAUAUACAUAUGCCAGUUUUUGACACGAAUUGCAUCAGGAAAAGCCCUCGAUGCACAGUUUGAAACUGAUGAACGAAUUACACCCUUGGAAUCAGCCCUGAUGAUUUGGGAUUCAAUUGAAAAGGAACAUGAUAAACUUCAUGAAGAAAUACAAAAUUUAAUUAAAAUUCAGGCUAUAGCUGUUUGUAUGGAAAGUGGCAAUUUUAAGGAAGCAGAAGAAGUCUUUGAAAGAAUAUUUGGUGACUCAGAUUCUGAUACGUCUUUACAAAGAAAAUUGCUUAUGGUAAUCUCUCAGAAAGAUACAUUUCAUUCUUUUUUCCAACACUUCAGCUACAGCCAUAUGAUGGAGAAAAUUAAGAGUUUUGUGAAUUAUGUACUUGAUGAAAAAUCAUCAACAUUUCUAAUGAAGGCAGCAGCAAAAGUAGUAGAAAGUAAAAGAGCAAGAACAACAGUUUCUCAAGAUAAUGAUGUUGACAUGGAAACUGAAGCUAAUUUGGAAGUAUGCAAAAGUGUUAAUAACAAACCAUCUGCAGUAACUGAAUCCUCACGGGAUACAGUAUCUUUAAUGAGGUCUCACAAGAAUCUCUUCUUAUCUAAAUCACAAUAUGGAUGCCAAUCACAAGAUUUUAAUGAAAAAGAAAAAGCAGAAACUCUUAUAAGUAGAAGAAAGACAGAGGGAAACAGACAAGCCACUCAAAGAAACAGAAUGGAUGUUUUAAACAAUCAGCCAAAAACUUCUAAAAAUGAUCGAUCUAGAAAAAAACAGGCAUGGCUUUGGGAAGAAGACAAGAAUCUGAGAUCUGGCGUGAGGAAAUACGGAGAGGGAAACUGGUCUAAAAUACUAUUACAUUAUAAAUUCAACAAUCGAACAAGUGUUAUGUUAAAAGACAGAUGGAGGACUAUGAAGAAGCUAAAAUUGAUUUGCUCAGACAGUGAUGACUGAAUGUGUAAAAGUUGAUGAUGAAAGGACAAUUACAUUUUUUUUUUGACAAUUACAUAUUUUGAUCAUCACGUUUUAUUUGAAACUUGGUGGUCAUUAAUCUGUGUUAACAUUUUUGUUUAAAGCAUUUAGUAUUUUUAUUUAAGAUCCUUUUUACUUGGAUUAAAUGUAAAAAACCUUGAUGCUUUCACUACCUCACCCCCAAAUCCUGUACCAGUAAAAAAAGAUGAAAACAUAGAGAAAAAAUAUAUUUCUGUUAACCUGUUCUGUGUUUGUCUGCUGACUUCAACUCCUCCAGAACAUUCACUUGAAGGUGAAGUUUCUAAAUCAGUGAAUAAUAAUGGGCCUUUCACGUAAGAGGUAUUGACUUGAUUUAUGGCCUUGAUAUAGUAAUUACUAAGACAUUUGUUUAUAGAAUGAUACAAAGUAAUCUGGGUUUUAACAUACUUAAAUUUUCCUUUCAGUAAUUUUAUAUAAAAGAAAAAUCUUAAAUAGUAAUACCCAUAGGACAAGAUUUGCUUCAUGUCUCAUUUAGGUAUAUUUGACUUUUGUUCCAAUGUUAAAACUUUAACAAAGAUGGUUUUAAGUAAAGUUAUUUAUAACCUGGUGUCAUAAAUAUUUCUCUGAUAUUUUUGUUUAAUAUAUCAACAGUGUGCCUAAAUAAUGUUCUGUAAAUUCUUACAUUGAUGUUAACCACGAUCAUUUUUACAUGUAUGAUAAAUACUAAACAAGGUCAUACAUACUUUACUAGACAGUUUUGAGUUUUCACCAACAUUUAAUUCUUUAGAGAAUUUAGUAAAAAAUUAAUAUAGUUAUUUAGCAUUUUGAGUUACAUGUGCUUUAUUUAACAAGUGAAAAUAGUGAAGGAUAUGCAUAAAAAGUUAAAUGAUAGUAUUUUGUAAUCUGUAUUUCAUUUCUUAUUGCAUUAUACAUGACUUUCCCAUUGUUCCUGAAGUUGUUAUCCUAUACAGAGAGUGAACAGAAAUGUGGGUGAUUACUCUGUGCUUCCUGGCUUGAUCUAUUUUUUAAGACUGGUUACUGUCACUGUGUUUAUUGCAGACAUUUUGUUACGUCAUUCAGUAGCUCUCCGAUUUUAAGCAUCUGAGCACUUAUGUAAAAUGGAAGUAAGUGCCAAAGCAGGCAGCAUGAGCCAACGUGGACCUGUAAGUCAGCUUCCUCAUUUCAAACAUGCUGUAAAUAAAUCUAGGUCGCUAAGUAAUCUUUUAAAACAGAUUGCUAUCAAUUCUAUAGUGUGGUAUUUUCUUAUUUAGAAAGAGCUAGGUUAGAGUUGAUUAAAACAGAUUUUUAUCAUAUAACUUUUGGAAGCAAAAAGGGAGAGCAAAAUAAAUGAUAAUGUAUUUUUUAAUUUUGUCAUCUUAAAUCUGAAUCUUCUGAAUUACUUUUUUAAAUUGAAAUUUUUGUUGAGAUUAUUGUAGAUUCGCAUGUAGUUGUAAGAAAUAAUACAAAGAGGUCCCAUGUACACUUGUUCCAGGUUCCCCAAAUAUUUUUUUCCAUAUCUUUUUUGUUGAAAGUAUCCCAAUAUAAACUUUUCUAAAACUACAGUAUAUUACUUGGUGUAGCUUGACAGGGCAGCGCAGACCCUGUACUAAGAAUUGUGGUGGUGUCUUUUGACCUGUGUGGUGGUUUAAUUCAGAGAUUUGCCUUUGUUUUGCCCAUUCUGAAUUCUCAGCCUUAAAAAAAUAUUACCUACAGCUGCCUGGGGAUAGGGACAGCAGAGGAGGCAGGCAGCAGACAGGCUGGAAAUCCUGAGAGGACGAUUCAUGGGAUGAGGGCUUUGAAGGACUGGAGUGAACCAGAAAAUCUAGGCCAUGCACAUGCCCAGAACUGGACAGUCUCAGAAAACACCUGAGAGCUUUCUAGGCUUCCACCAGUGAAGUAUCUUUGGGCGUCUCGUAUGCUGGAGGUGAAGUGAAGGCUACAGCACAGGUGGUAAGUAGCCUGGCUAAGCAGUGAACGAGCACCCCAACUUGGAGCUAAUCUGCAAAGGCAGAAUGUCUUGUUUUUCUUUCUGACUUGAGGCAUUCAAGGAAAUUAAAUGAAUUACUCUAUGUAUUCUUGGCUAUUUUUUCUUUCACUCAACAUAUAUAUAUUAUAUGUAGCUUGUUCAUUUUCAUUUCUGUACAGUAACACAUAUCAGUUAUUUACCUAUUACGCUGUUGAGCAUUUGAGUUGUGGGAAUAAAUAAAGACCAAAAAUAAGAGCAAA